AUGUACUGGAUUCCGCUAGAUUUCAGGACGCCCGUCAGGGUACCCGAACCUUCCUGUAUCCCAGUCACUCCCCGCAGACACCUGGCACACCUCCUCCCCCCUCCGCUCGGCAGCGGGACCCUACCUUUCACUCGCCGAACCCCCGCGUCCACACCUCCCCACACUCUGGUCCUUCACCCCAAAGCCCCUACCCCGUCACCUCCUCACUUCUUAUCCAAACCUCCCUCCAUCUUCGUCCUCCCGCCCCACGCCGGUUCCGGGCCCUCCCCUCCUUCCCAUCCAAUCCCAAUACCCAGGCACACGCCCCCGCCCCGAAUCCAUCCCUCGCUGGGUCCAGGCCUUCCCGCCUUCGCCGCUGGUCCCCACCCGCUCCGCCUGGAGGCCAGAGAACGGCCUAAACCAGGCCUGGCACUCACCACGAAGGAGCGGGGCAGAGCAAGCCAGCCGGACGAGGCCAGGCGGAGGGGGGCCAGUAGUUCCCUUCAGGCGCCCAGCGGCGCGGCAGCCAUUUUGUUGUGUUGUGCCGGUUGCCGUGGGGCCGUGGGCGCCGCGUGGGCGGAGCCUACCGCGGUCACGCCCCUCCCCGGAGCUUGGGGGCGGGACCAGGCUUCCCGCCUCUUAGUCAGGCCCGCGGGCGCGCAAAGGCGCGUGGGAGCCCGCGCGAGGCGAGAUUUCCUGCUGCAGGCGGCGAGAGGCCCCGCUGUUUUCUCUGAGGCGAAGCGGCCGACUUCUCCUGCUCAGGCCUUGACACGCUCCGCGGGGGCUGGGCCUGAGGGCGACCUGAGAUACCGAUGUAGCUGUGUCACCAAGCCCCCGCAUUUCCAUUGCUGGCCGUCUGGCUUUGAACUAGUGUGCCUCGCCUCACACUCCUUCGCACGGCCCGUUUCUGAGGCGAAUGCUCUUCGUCAGGGUCCAGACAGGCCAGACGUAGAUGAACCUCUGAGGGAACGCAGUUUAGGCUUCAGAUGCCCCCGAGAUGACGGGAAUGGGAGCAGCCUGGGAGUCCUGGCUGAGAAUAGUCCUCAGGUUGUGACAGGGAAGACAAACUAA